UCCCACUAACCAAACAGAUGAGAGCGUCAAGGAUUGUGUGGGCUAACAUGAGCUGGUUCUAGCUGCAGCAUCCGCCAUGCCCAUCAGAGGUCACUCCCUCCAUCUUGCGAAGAAGAGCGCUUCUCACUCCUCCUCCUGCUCCAUGUCUCUGCUCUUCAUCUCUCUCCUCUGCCUCGCCUCUCUCUUCCUCGUCUACUCUCUCUUCAAAUCCUCUGUUUCUCCUCAUAACCACCAAAACCUCCAAUUCAAACGUAGCGAUUCCUCUGGAACUCCGAUCUUGGUUGAGCCGUGCGAUUAUUCGGAUGGGAUGUGGAUCUAUGAUCCCAGUGUGAGAUCUGCGCCUUAUGAUCACACAUGUAAGGAGAUUUUCAAGGGAUGGAAUUGCAUUGCCAGUAAUAAAUCCAAUGGUUUGGAUAUUAUCAAGUGGCAUUGGAAGCCCAAAGGCUGUGAUCUUCCUCGGUUUGAUCCGGUUCGGUUUUUGGAGCGGUUCAGGAACACCAACGUUGGCUUUGUUGGUGAUUCCUUGAAUAGGAAUAUGUUUGUUUCUCUGUUCUGCACUCUGAAGCGAGCGUCAAGUGAAGUGAAAAAGUGGCGUCCUGCUGGUGCUGAUCGGGGGUUUACAUUUCUUCAGUAUAACUUUACUAUUGCAUAUCAUCGAACAAAUCUUUUGGCGCGCUAUGGUAGGUGGUCUGCUGAUGCUAAUGGUGGCACAUUAGAAUCUCUUGGAUAUAAAGAGGGUUUUCGAGUUGAUGUCGAUAUCCCAGAUGGUACAUGGGCAGAGGCUCCAAGCUUCCAUGAUAUUCUUAUCUUUAACACAGGACACUGGUGGUGGGCUCCUUCAAAGUUUGACCCUGUGAAGUCACCCAUGCUUUUCUUUGAGAACGGUCUGCCUUUGAUUCCUCCUCUACCUCCCCAUGUUGGCCUUGAUUUGGUUUUGAAACACAUGAUCUCAUUUGUGGAGAGAAGAAUGCGAGCCGGUGGGAUCAAGUUCUUCCGCACACAAUCCCCAAGACAUUUCGAAGGAGGUGAUUGGGACCAAGGUGGUUUUUGUCAGCACCUACAGCCUUUGUUGCCAGAACAAGUUGAAGAACUCUUCUCUUUGGAGAACAAUGGGACAAAUGUGGAGACACGCCUCGUGAACCAGCACCUAUACAAGGCCCUGAAAGGCUCUGAUUUCCAUAUUUUGGAGAUAACCCGGAUGAGUGAGUUUAGAGCAGAUGCCCAUCCCUCCACAGCUGGUGGAAAGAAGCAUGACGAUUGCAUGCACUGGUGCCUACCAGGAACUACGGAUACUUGGAAUGACUUGUUCAUAACGCAUCUAAACAAUAUCAAGUUUCAAAACUGAGAUUCAUAUCAUCUCCCAAUUUCAUUCUCUUAUUAGUUAGUUGUUUAAAUAUUCCUCUGCCAGUGAUUCACAGGUGGGUUUUGUCUGAGGUUAGGUCGGUUGGUUUUAAUUGCAAAUGUUGGAUGAUGGCAUUAAAGCCCCAUUGUUGUACCCCAUUUAAAUCUUUGGACAUUGAUAGCAACGGUUGUGUGGGCCUCCACUUCUUGAAAA